GUUGAGGCAGAAGUUCAGAGAAGAAAACAGUUAAUUCAUCAGUCAGUGGAACGCAAAGCCAUCAUCUCCAAGCGCUACAAACAAAAACACCCAGAAGUGUACACUCUGCAGGAUUCAUUCCUGGCCCCAGAUUUUCUAGAAAUCGUGAGAUACUGCACAUCGCCAGAUGCUCAUCUCCAUGGUCUCCUGCGCUACAUUGAGCCCUUCUCAGAUAAGAGGAUCUAUCGGCUCCCAGUGUUCACCGAGGAGUUCUGCCAAGCCUUUGUGGAAGAGCUGGAGAACUUUGAGCAGUCGGACAUGCCCAAAGGCAGACCCAACACCAUGAAUAACUAUGGGGUUUUGCUAAAUGAGCUUGGGAUGGAUGAGACUUUCAUCACACCUCUGCGUGAAAAAUACCUGUGGCCCAUAACAGCGCUGCUGUAUCCCGACUUGGGAGGCGCUUGUCUGGACAGCCACAAAGCAUUUGUCGUCAAGUACUCUCUAAAUGAAGAUCUGGAUUUGAGCUCUCACUAUGACAAUGCAGAAGUCACCUUAAACGUUUCUCUGGGAAGAGACUUCACAGAAGGCAACUUGUACUUUGGGGAUUUCAGCCAGGAUCCUACCCCUGUGCCAAAGUACAUAGAGAUCGAACACGUGGGAGCCCAGGGGCUGUUACACCGCGGAGGGCAGAUCCACGGGGCGCUUCCCAUUGCCUCCGGGGAACGCUGGAACCUCGUUGUUUGGAUGAGAUCGUCUGCCAUCCGUAACCGGCUCUGCCCCAUGUGCAACAAGAAACCCGAGCUGGUGGAAGCAGAGGGCUUUGGAGAUGGGUUCACAGAAACCCUUGAAGACGAUGUGCCCGAGACUGUGAAUCUCUGCUCCUUGUGGUAGCAGACAGUG